AAAAAAAGAUACAUCGCUAAGUUAAUAAUUUAGACGUGGUUGCAGGCAGUCGAUCUGAACAGCAGCAUUCUGUUUGGGGAAAGACGAAGGACCCGUUUAAAAUCUCCGGCGGGAUCAAGAGAAACUAAAUAACCUACGGACUGAAAAUAUUUUUAAACGAGCUUUUUAUUCCUUUAAACACGUUUUUUUUUGGUCUGUGCGUGUUAUUAAUAUUCUUAAUUGUUUAUCUAAAAAUUGAUCUGGCAGGGAUAGUUUUCUUUCUUUUUUUUAAUUAUAAAAAUAUUUUAUAUUGUUUUAUAUUGUUUAAAUAUUUUUUUUUUUAAUAUAGCGAGUGGCUUCUUUGUGCAGUGGUGGUUAGAGACAGCCUCUGCAGAGGAAGAUGAAGACAGGAAAGGGAUCUUCUGCAACUGAAGCAGAGGAUUGUGGGGUCUGGUUAGACACCACUGAGCUGAAGGCAAAGAGGAAACAGCUGCGGCCAAUCCGCCCCAUUUCCAAGUUGCUAAAUCCAUUGGCCAGGGGCAGUUAUAAUAUACCAGUGGCGCUGAAUUUCACUCAGACCAGAACACCGCUGCCCAGAGCGAAGCAAGCCAGCAUCUAUUCUUUCUUCACUCUGCAGUGUACCGGUAAUAAAAGUAGCAGUCCAGAUUUUAACCUUGCAACACCUACUCCAUCUUGCAAAACUGUACCAAAAUGGAAGUCCAGCCCAGAUCUGACAGAGGAGCUACACAGCUGCAGUGGUCCCGAGGACACAGUGGAAUUGGAAUGGGAGGCUGACAGCGCUGCUCUCCACUUGUGGGAGGAUGAGUACUCCAAUGGCCUGAGUCAGGAGGACACUGAACAAGGGAUGAAUAAAUUCAGCUCAGAAGUGCAUCACAUUUAUGAAGCCAGUGAUGAAGGGAAUGAGAAAUGUCUUCAUAAAUGCAAGGAGCAAAGCCAAUCUUACAACCUUUCAGAAAACUCUGGCAAAAUUGAUUUGAAUACAACAGAAAUAGAGAGGGCUGUUGGAGCUGAUUUAUACGCUGUAGAAACAUCAGAUAAGUGCUGGGAAAACGUAUCCAAAACUGCUGGUUGUGCUAUCCCCCAUGGAAGGUAUGUUUCAGAUUGUGGAACUUCAGCAGACACUCAGGGAACUGGUUUGACUCGAUGUGUUUUUACCCAGGAUUCCCAGGGGAAUCAAGUCAUAGCACACCGAGUGAUGGACAUGUUGCCUGACAGGAAGAGCUCUCAUGGGAAAGAAGAAAACAAUAGCUGGCUGAGUGAAGAGCUGAACCUGGAGAGUUUUGGGAGAAGGUUACUGAACCUUGAUAAGAGCACUUCCACCCUCCAUACUCUGAAAAAAUACAAGUUUUCUGACCGCCAACAAAUGGAAUCUCCCCGUAGCUUGGAGGGCAGUGUGGAUGUGGGCAAGGAGAAUAUGUGCAUGGCCACAUUAACGCGGGCCAUGUCUCCCUCGAAGAGCUCACCAUUAACCCCUAUCCAAAUGAACUGGGAGCUGGACAAAAAACUGCAGAGGCCACCUAAAAGAGCAAGAACCGAGGAGAACACAUGCAGCACCCUGGCAAUGCUGUUCACUCAAGAUUCCCAGGGAAACAAGGUAAUUUCCCACCACAACAUAGAGAGGAGAGCCGGGAAUAGCCCUCUGAAAGACAGAAGAACCCAGGCACAGAGCAGAUGGACGACCAGCAAAGCACCCUCAGGCAGAGCUACAAUCCAGGUUGACAAGGACUUUCAACCACAUCCACUGUUUACACAGGACUCUGAGGGAAACAUGGUGAUGAAACACUUCUAACUGUGAUACUUUGUAGGAGACAGUCAAUCUGCUGUUUUACACAAAGGAAUGAAAGUGGAUGCUGCUAAUUUCUUGCAAUGAGCUAACAUUGACCUGUUUUAGGUUGGCCUAUCAUCUUGUUUAUGUUGUUGUUUAUGUUCUGCCAGUAUAUUCCUAUAUUAAACUUUGAAAUGGUUACGUCCCA